GUUCGUUGGAAAUUGCGGUCGUUCGCCAUGAACUUGACAGUUUCAUUGUGUAGUUGACAAUCAAAAUGCGAACUUUGGAACAGAGUUGUAAAUUUCACGCCGAAUUUCAUUGCAUGGGAAUUUGCGAAGUUUUUGCGACGGAAGUUCAUGCUAUUCGGUAUACAGCAGUGACUAGCUAGAUUUUGUGAAAUUUUUUUAAUGAAUCCAUUAACAGUGUUGAUUUACAUUAAUAACACUGCUGGUAGUUUUCCACAAUAUUAUGAUAUAAUGUUUAUCAAUUUUCAUAUAGAUAAGUUCCAUUUGGCAUCAAUGCCUUUCCACAAGACAGAUUAAUCGGCUUUAAAAUUAUUAUCGAGUGGCUAUUAAGUUCAAAACUAUCUUUAUUCUGGCAACUUAAAUCUGUUUCUAUUCUUGAUACAGUGGAAGCUAGAUAUAACGAAGGGUCAAAGAACUGGCAAAAUGUGUUCGCCAUACCGAGGUUUCAUUAUAGUGAGGUUCUCUUUCAUAAAUUUUGCUGUUACUGGGGUAAAGAAAAUCGUUCGUUAUACCCAGGACUUCCGUUACAUAGAGGUUGGUUUUUAGCUGCGGUGCAGUAGAGUCCUGGCAUCAUGGUAACCAUACAUUGGUUGUGUGAAAAACCACUCGUUUACCUCAGGUCUUGGUUGAAAAUAAAUGAACUGAAAACUAAAACGUUUGUACUUGUAGUUGACAUGGCGUCUAAAGAAAAUUAAUAAAUUAUUUUGUCUUUAAACAUACAUUUACAUGUAAGCUUAUAGGGUCUUGACAAGCCGGUGUCUGCCUGAAUAUUAAGCUUAUGUAUUCAUGUAGGAUUCCAUGGACCAUUUGCAACAAACACUACAGAAAAAAGGAACCAAUAAAUGUCAUUUCAUUGCAUCCCCCCGUACCGUUUCCUUUUCACAUCGGUAAAAUUUAACUCAAAUCUCCAGUUUUAUCAUUAGUAAGUGUCGAAAGUUACCAUCAGAUGACCCAAGUAACAACGACCACGAUCAGCAGGAGAAUACUGUAACAAUUAUUACCGGUGUAUCAAGCUGGAGAACAAAAAGACAAAAUGAAGAGAGCACUCCAAGAUUGCAGUUCAACAACAACUCUGUAAUUCAUGAAAACAAGGCUAGCACGUCAUCGUUUACAAUGUAUCAAUAUUGACCAAUAUUGUCACAUCUUCCCCUUUUUGUCAAGCUAGAUUCUGAGGGGAAGAUAACCAACAUGACAAUGGUAAACAACUAACAAACAACAAUGACACUGCAAAACUAAGCUUAUUUAACAAAAAGUAUAAUGAGCAUGCAGUGUGUUGCUUUCUGAUAGGGCUCAAGUCACAGUUCCUGGUACUACAUAAAAUAACGAUUCUAGGUCUUGACAUAGUCUUGAAAUCUAACUGGUUCUUUGAUGACUCGACCCGAGCGAGUGCAGACAGGUGAUGAUUGCUUUGCUUCCAGAUGGCCUGUCUGGCUGUUCAUAGCUUAUGUGGUUAGCAAUCCGGAUCCGGUGUCAUGAUUGUUGGGCUUGAGGUAGUGGGUCUGGUACUGUUUGUUUGGCUAUCUCAUGCUGUGUAUGUGCAGGAGGGCUCUUGACCAGGUGCUGUCUGUUGCGUCUAUAGGUGGUGCCGUUGGACUGGACUUCAUAGGACCUCUGAUCUAAUCGCGUUGUCACUUUUCCCUUGUUCCUAUCAUGUUUGCCGAGCGCAGAUGACUUUAUUCUGACUGUUCAGGGCUGGAAGAUCAUGGGCUGUCGGAUUAUAAUAACUUUGCUGCCUCUUUUGGUUUAGCUGAAGUUGUUCCAUUUCAUGAAGGUUUGGGGGGUUUCUGUGUUCUGGGAGUGAUCUUGUGGAUGGUAGUAGGCUUCUUGUCCUUCUUCCUAGGAGAUGCUUUGCUGGGCUACUGCCAACACCUUGAGUUGGCGUAUUUCGGAUGUUGAGGAGAGCCAGGUACUGAUCUUCUUCUCACUAUGAUGUCUUGCGCAACAUUUUCCUUGCAGUUUUUACAGCUGAUUUAACCUUGCCAUUUUUCUUGCUGUGGUGCAGUGAUGUUGUGGUAUGUUCAAUGGCCCAUUUCUUUGUAAAGGACUUGAAUUCACUGAAUGUAAGCUAUGGGCCAUUAUCAGUAACUAAUUGCUUGGGGAUACCAUAACGUACCAUAUGAGACUUCAACUUUUUUAUCACAGUUGAUAACUUGGUGUCUAGGAGUCGAUCCAACUCCCAGAAGUUUGAUUUGUAGCAAACGGUAACAAGAUAUUCUUUGUCAUGAUGGGUGAAGAGGUCUGCUGCGAUUUUUCCCAUGCUCCUUCAGGGAUAUCAUGCAGCAUAAGUGUUUCUUUGCAGGGUGUUAAUUAAUUCUCUCUGCGUGUCUCACAGGUGCGAAUCCAUGCUUUUUAUUCCUUGUUCAUGCCUGGCCAAAAAACAUGUUCCCUCGCGUGGCGCAGGCAGGCUUCAAUUCCUUGAUGUCCGCUAUGGAUAUCCUUCUUGACAGCUGUUCGCAUUUCUUUAGGGAUCACACCUCGCUCUCUACGGAAUUUCGAACCAUCAGUAACUGCAAGUUCGUCCCUGAAGCUGAAAUAAGGAGUGACGAGGGUGGUAGUGAUGACUGGUCAGAUGGCCAACCCUCUUGUGUUAUGCGUUUCAGCUGUUGUAGGGAGUUAUCUUUACCGGUGUAUCGGCGGAUCUCAUAAAUUUUCUCUUCAGGCAUGACCAGGAAGGAAAGGGCAUGAAUUGUUUCGAACUCUUCUUGUCCGCAAUCAGAGGGUCUUGGCAGGUGAGCUCUGCUAAGCGUGUCUGCUAGAUACAUCUCUUUGCCAUUUAGGUAACUCACUUCGAUGUCAUAGGCCAGGGCGCGCAUAAGCAUUCCCCGUAAGCGUUUUGGAGCUCUGUCCAAGGGCUUUUUCGUGAUGCUCUCCAGCAGUUUAUGAUCUGAGUACACAGUCACGGGGCGACCAAAGGUGUAUUGGUGCCACUUCUCCGGGGCGAAUACAAUCGCAAGCAUUUCCUUCUUAAUGGUUGGAUAUCUGGUUUCUGCUCCACUUAACGCCCGGCCAGCAUAUGCUAGUGGUUGGCCGUCUUGGAGGAGAGCGACUCCUAGUCCCUGUCCACUAGCAUCACACUAGAUGGUUAAGCCUUGACAUGGAUCAAAGUAGGCUAGUGCUGGUGCCUGUGUCAGCAGGCGCUUCAUCUCUGCUAAAGCUUUCUCGUGUACAGCAUCCCACGUCCACUCAGAGGUCGUUCGGUCAGCAGUCAGCGGUGAUGAUGGCCGCGUCUUUUGAAGCUGUGUUUGUGUUUUAAUGAAUAACAAAGCUAUAAUAGAAUAAAGUAAAUCUUGUUAAAGAGCCAUAAUUAGUUUUACUAUAAUGUACCCUUCUCCAUUGUAAUUUUUUCUUGCUAACAUUAUAAACUCGUAGUUUCAACAACCUUAUACGAAUUAUUAUUGUACAAUUGAUGUAUUAUCCAUAGGAUGGAGUAAAAAUGAAAUGCAAAAAUACAAAAUACUCAGAGGUUGGGCGAGCUAGGUUGUAGACUGGAUGCAUAACACCAGACAGGUUUGGAACAAAUUUACACAGGUAAUUCACAGUUCCUCUUAGUCUUUCCACUGCUGCUUUGUCUUGUGGCGGCGACAUGAUUUGGAUUGCCUCAACUUUAGAGGGGUCUGGCUUAAUUAAUUACACAAAAAAUUUAUGUACCAUUAUGCGUCAUCAUCAACUAUUAAAUUGACUAAGUUUAAGAUCGGACAAGAACUAUGACGAAUUAAUAAAUGUGUGCAACAUUUCUCUAGGCAUUAAUGUCUACUUUUGUGCUAGUGCGACUUUGGGCAUUUCACGGUUUUUAAUUGUGCAGUCAUGGGAAUCUCAUGGGCGAUUAGAAGUUUCAUGACCCAUAAAAUACAUGCUUGGCUCUAACAGCCUUUUCAGGGGUCAUGAAAUGUACCAGUUUAAAUAUGUAUGACUUUCAUGACCUAUGAAAAUUCAUAUUCAUGGCUUUGUAAACUUCUCAUAAUUCAUGAAAAUAACCAGUUAAGAAUUUCUUGGAAAUUUCAUGACUCAACUUAACACCAUGAAAUCUGAAAUCCCCGUUUUCAUGGCCAUGGUUCAAGGGUUUUUCAACACAUUUUAUGGGAUUUUCAUGAAAAAGAGAUGCAUACUGAAGGCAUUCCAGGAGAUGGAAAAAACUGUAAGAAACAGUUUUUUCAUCAAACACAUCUAUACCUAUCACCUUUGGAACAUCGAAAUGGGGGACACAAUGGCUUAUUAUUAAAACCCGAAGAAGCCCCUGGUUUGAACGACAGCCAGAAGCGACGCGAUGGCUGAAAGAACAGGAAGAAAACCAACUCCAGGGCGAAAACAUAGAUCGCCCCGACACAAAAUGGCGGCUCGAAUAGCACCUUAUAGUAGAGAUGAAAAUCAUCGCGCACCCGGAAGCACCACUGCACGUCGGAGCGGGGCGUUUGCCCGAUUGGCUUCGAAACAAGAAGGGGAUGUUGUCGUUGGAUACGUACGCCGACGAUUUAUGUAUUUUUAGAUGUAUUGCGGUCCAUCGAGGAGCGCAUUGUGUUUAUAACACACGACAAACUCGUGAGCUCGCCGUAAGCGUUUUUAACAAUAAUAGAAUUCAACAUCUACGAAGAUCACGCUUUCCUGAUAACGAAUCUCGACAAAGUGUUGAACCACUAUGAGUGUGCCGAGUGUCAAAGAAAGAUUCACCAACGCAUGCCACCUGCGGUGGUAUACAGAGGCUUGUACGAGAAGGGCAAUCAAGGUGGUGUGUCGAGGAGAGCAAAUCCAGAUUCCCGAAAUGGCGGAUGAAAAAUCGUUUUAUGGAAAGAGGGCACAUUCUAGAAUGGCGGUAAGCUGGAUGGAGCUCGAGGCCCGGCGGAGGGGUGUUCAUAUCAAUCAGCAUGUGUGGCCACGGUGGAAAAAGGAUGAUUGCAGGAUAUCUAGUGGAUGGUUUUUGGUUGGAGACAAACACGGUGCUCCAGUUCCACGGAUGCCAUUGGCAUGGCUGUCUAGAGUAUUUUCCAGAAGGGCAAAAGGACCGGAUCACUUUCGAAAAGAGAAAGGAAGGAAAGACAUUUUUGACACGUGAGAUGCAGUAUGCAAGAACGCUGGAAAGAGGGAAGGCGAUCCUUGAGGAAGGGUUCGAGCUGAUCGAGUGUUGGGAGCAAGAUUUUAACGAAAGCCGGAUCUCUCCGAAAAAUAAAACGGACACUAUUCCGCAUGCCAUCGGUUCGACUUCGAGGCAUUGCUGGACACGAGCAAACGCAAGGAGAAAGACCUGCUGUUCGAAAGCGAGCACGUGCCGGUGUCUGUUUUGUCGGUAGACAUUCCGAAAAGAGAUCCAGAACACAUCAGCAGCAAAGAUCGGGAAGAGCUGAUCCGGAAAUUCUUGGGGGGCGCUUGUACGAUCGGCUGUGGCUAUCCAAGGAGACAUGCUGCAGUACAUCCCGCAGGAUUGCGAUUUCCGGUCAGAGAAUCAGCAUCAGCUGAUCAACCAAUGGUGUUUCCAGAUCCCAGUUCUAGGUUUCAACUCAGGACACUAUGAUCUGGAACUGAUCAAGAAGUAUUUUGUGACCCACAUUCUGCAACCCGGCUAUGUUAUGGCCAACAAACAAAGCAAAGUCCUGUACAUGUCGAUGCCGAUGUUUAAGUUUCUGGACGCCUGGAACUAAGUCAGCCCUGGGACAAGUUACGAAAAGUGGGUGAAAACGUACUUGGCCAAGCUCUCGAAAUCGUGGUUUCCCUACGAGUGGUUCGACACGGCCGAAUAGUUAGACUCCCCGGCACUGCCACAGUACGAGGAGUGGUUUUAAAAGCUGAGAAACGAAAUGACCCUCUCCAAAAAAGAGUACAGGGUUGCCAUCAAAUUUGGCGGGAAAAGGGGAUGUGCGCAUUUGUGGAUUGGUUGCGCCUUUACAACAACCUGGUUGACAAGCCCUAUCUGGAGGCCAUACAGUCCAUCCAAGACUUCUACACGGGUCUGGGAAUUGACCUAUUUAAAUACGCGGUUUCGAUGCCGGGGUCUCAAUAAAAUAUAUCUUGCGGGGCACGCUGAACAAAAGAGACGCCCUGGAGUUGCAUACUCCAGGGAAGGAGGCCAACGAAAUGCUGAAAGUCGAGCUUGUAGGGGGACCAAGCUUUGUCUUCUGUAGAAAGCUUGAGGCGUACAAACCAAGAAUCUGGUCGUACAAAUUCAACGACGCGACGAUGUCGAAGAGUUCUGGACUACGACGCCAACGCAUUGUACCCAAGCACAAAGUUGGGCGCGAUACCCUGCGGCAAGGAGGUCGUUGUGCAUUGGCUGCAAACGCCAUGGAACGCUGGAAAGUUCGUCGACGUUCUGGAGGGAGACAGAUAGUUUGGCUUCGCCGAGGUGGACAUCAAGGUGCCCAGAGGGCUGUGGGCGAAGUUCGACGAAAUGCCGCCGUUGUUUCCAACAAACCCAUCCCAAGCCUAUGCAUGACCAACGAAGGCUGAUUGGCACUCUUUUAGCCCAGCUAAUGCUGUUGUAUGCACUGAUGCAGAAAUGGUAUCUCGACUAUGGAUAGAAAAUCACAGGGGCUACAGAACCAUUGAUUAUGUGCUGCAAAAACAUUUCACGAGGUUCAUGAAGAAAGUCACGGAGAAUAGGCGCAAGGGCAAUCAAAAUCCAGAGUAGGCGUUGUUGGCGGAGGUGUUGAAGCUGAUGGGCAACAGCUCAUAUGGCAAGCUGAUCGAAGCCUCAGAAAGGUAGACUACCAUGAAGUACACAACGAGCGAGAGCGUGUUGAGGAAGGAGCUGCGCUCGAUGUGGUCUCAAGAUUUGGAGGAGAUUGUGGACAUGUACAAAAUCGAGUGGAAGUCGACAAACCCUUCCUGGUGGCGAUCGCAGUCUGCCAAAUGGCCAAACUCUGGGUCCUGCAGUUUUACUAUGACUGUCUGGACAAGUUCCUCGACAGGCGCGAUUUCCAGUUAAUCCAGAUUGACACCGACAGCCUGUACUUCGGGCUGUCGUGUGAUUCGGUGGAAGAGGCGGUGAGUCCCGAGAUGCUGGAAGAGUUAUGAGCAAGCAAAAAAGAAUGGCUCGCGUGGAACAAAUGGAGUGAGCAAAAAUCGGGGCUGUUCAAGCUGGAGUUCGAGGGCACUCGCGGAAUUGCUCUGUGUAGCAAGUGUUAUUUCAUGGAGGGUGAGAAUGGAAAAGGCGAAAUUGUCCUCAGAAGGGGACCUUAAAGCGCCAAAACAACCUGAACUGGGAGCAGUACAAAGACGCACUGGAAGGAGGGCUGGACACCGCCACGAACAGGGGAAUGAGAAUGAACGGAGGGGUGAUGUGCACCUAUGAGAAAAAGAAGCUGGGGCAUAGAGCCUACUACAUCCACAUGGAGCUGAUAGAAUAUGUAGCAACCAAUCCCCCGCCUAGUCCCAGUCAGCGUGUUUACGUAAGUAAUUCGACUUUCGCAGGGGUUAUGAAAAUCGUAAAGUAUCUUGCUCGAGCUCGCUAGCUGUUACAACUACGUUACGUUCUAUAUCAUACUUCGUUCGCCGUAUUCCCAAAUCGUCAGGUAAUGUCCUCUGUCUUCGUUUAUCUCGUAUUUCCUAUGUUAUCUGUAUUUCCUACGUUAUUUCCAUUGUUGUAAUUAGUCGUUCCGCUCUUAACGUAUUAUGUUUGUUACUUUAUCCUAGAAACCACUGGCAACAUCAGGUGAAUAAAGUUAAGAGUUCGAGUUGUUCCAGUUGAAUUAAAACUAUUUUACGACUUAUAUUAUUGCUGGUGCGUUGGCUACAGUUUCUGACGUUAGUGGAAUUAUGUCAAUAGAAAAUUCGUCGAUCGGACGUGAAAGAAUGCUGAAGAAUGCUGUCCCUGAAGUCGAGCAAGUCACCUUGGCUAUUUAAACAGAUUGUACAAAGACGUCGAGUUAUUAAUGCAAAACGCGGAUAAUUAUCAUGUGGCUUGUAAGAAGAAGAAAGAUGUUGAAAUCGCGUUUGCGACUACGACGAAUAUUAUCAAUUCGCCAUCGACCCCGAAGUCAAAUCAGAUGGGCUUAAUGCUUGUCACAGCAUAAUGACAGGAAAUAAGGAAUUCGACGAGCGUUUUGAAGAAUGGUCGCGAUCCGUUCAACGUACCUUGGAUAACACUUCAGUGGUUCCUCGCCAAGAUUAUGGUGAUACUGCCGAAUCACAGAUUGUCACACGUUCAGUAGUCACCGCAAGUAGCAGAAAUUCGAAGAGCUCCAAGUCCAGCUCAUUUGCAAGUGAUCGAUCAAAAAAGGCUAAAGCCGAGCUGCUUCGUCGUGAAGUUGAGUUAAAGAAUCUGUUAAAGCGCCAGGAGAUGGAACGUCAAAUGGAACGUCAAAUUGCCGAGAUGAAAAUUCAAGAAGAUGAAUUGAAACGCCGGAUUGCUUUAUUGACCGCAGAAGGGGAAAUAGAGAAAGCUAAGGCCGUUGAUGAGCUUUAUGAAACUUCGGAAUAUUCAAAACGUGGUAUCAAGGCAGAGUUAAAACCGGUUUACAAAGACGAAACGCGCGAUUCCUUACCUCCUGCGAAAGACCUUCAGGCUGGACCGAACUUUAAGAGUGGCGACUUCAAGUAAGUUGGGAGAAACUAUUCUAAAUCAGUGCUGAAUCCAGGUGCUCAACCUUGGGACCUAGGACCCCCGCAGAACACUAUCGGCGCUGGAGACCCCACUGGUUCCCAACAGUUGCAAGAAAUAUUAACGCAGCAACAAGAAGCUUUGCAACUUAUGGCGUACACAAUUCGACAGGGAUUUGAAAUGCCGAAAAGAGAGCUUUUGACGUUUGAUGGUAACCCGCUUAACUACUGGUUGUUCAUAAAUAACUUCGAGGUCAACAUCGCUAAGAGGGUACCGGACCCCGAGACGAGGCUAACUUACCUUAUUCAACACUGUACUGGGAAGGCUAGGGAAGCCAUUAAAAACUGUGCCAUAAUGUCCGGUCCAGAGCAAGGCUACAGGAAAGCUCAAGAAAUCUUGUACCAUAGAUUUGGACAGAAACACAUCAUUGCGCACGCGCACAUCACGAAGAUUGUGGAAGGUCCGCAGAUCAAGAAUACUGAAUCCACUGGUUUAUUAGACCUGUCCGUUGAAAUGCAGAAUUGUGCGCUGAUUCUCGUACAAAUGGGCUACGAGGCAGAUGUUAAUAGCACGGACAAUCUCGUGAAGGUGGUGAAGCGUCUCCCUGUUCAUCUGCAGUGUAAAUGGGCGGACAGAGCCGGUUCAUUAACCUUAGCUGGAACGGAACCUACCUUCAUGGAUUUAGCUGGUUUUGUUGAAGAGAAAGCUUUGCUAGCAAACACCAUGUACGGACGAAUAGUUGGAUCGACACCACAGAAAGAACGGAGCUCUAAGCCACCGCCUAAAAUAAAGUCACCGUCCUCGAAAGGAAACACCUUCGAGACGCAGUCCGAAGACCUUCCUCAAGUAAACACAUCUGCUAUCGUAACUUGUCCUUUGUGUUCUGGUCAACAUAGGCUGUGGAAAUGCGAGCUCAUGAAAGCAACGAGCCCAGAAGAAAGAAAAAGCUUCGUUCGAGAAGCAAGACUACGCGACAACUGUCUUGGAAGCGGUCACAUGGCCAUAGAUUGCAGAAGUAAAAUGAUGUGUCAAGUGAAUGGAUGUGGAUGGAAACACCACACUAUGUUGCACGUUAAGAAGAAGAGCAACAAUAAUAGCACCCCUCCUAACCCUCCUGCAGUCACCUCGGAAGAGACUGGAACGGGCGCCGUCAGCGGGGCCGGGGAUGCUGGUCGGUGGGGUGCUACAGACUCUGGCAAGAAGAAUGUUUGUUUAAGAAUCGUUCCAAUUGUCGUGAAAGGAAUGGGUCAGCACAACAACAUUUUGCAUGCAUGGCAAACGCGCUACUGGAUCCUGGUUCGGACGUCACUUUAUGUGAUGACGUUUUUUGAGUCUAAUGGAGAAACUUCGAAAGUUUUACUUAUAGUUGGCCGUCCUGAAGGAAUUCUAUGGGGUUUUUGCCGUUUUUCGAAAGUUUUCGCGGAAAAAUUUAUACAAAAUAUUCUAUAGGAACUAGCGACCGUUAAUGGUGCAUUCGACACUGAACGAAAGGGAUUUCGAGUUGUCUUUGUCUGUUUGAGGAUUACAAAAUGAAAGACCCAAAGAAGUCAAAUGGAUGGAUGAAGAUAGAGUUUGGACAGUGGAUACGUAUCCACCAAAUGGUAUCAUUUAGGAAUAAAUGAUUUUUUUUGCAACAGAAGCCAGGAUUUAUUUAAAAGGUGUAUUGAUAACGUUUCAUUUUUACCUCAAAAUAAGGUCAGAGUUCCACUUUGUAUAACUAAAUGAUAGAUCUGGGGAGAAAGGCAAGAUUUCGAGAUAAACAAGCCAGAGAAAGGGCGAAAAACAGUUUCACGGCAGAAUGGACACUUAAUUAACCACUGUAUUCCUGAAACGAUUAAGAUCGAUUUUAGAGUUAUACUAUUGAGAAGAAUUAAGUAUCUAUAGGAUAACUGUUUAACAAAAAACUAUCAUACUGACCUUUUCCUUCUGCUCAAAAAAUGUGCUCGAAAUGUUAAAGCCGCCAUCUUGUCUUCGAUGUACUGUUUUACGAAAGGGAAGACUGUCCUCUCAAGGGCGACAGCGGGGCUACAAUAAACUCACUUUCAUCGUAGAAAUACCUCGAUACCUUUAAAGAACAUGUUUGUGGAACAUUCAUUCAGCUCCAGAAAACAGCCUGCAAAUGCUGGUACUGAACGUAAACAAUUCACAGAAGCAGCCCACAUUCACGAUCAAAAGAGGCGUGGCAGGCGUGGUCAACCUUCGAGUUGUCUUUGUCUGUUUGAGGAUUACAAAUGAAAGAAGAAGUCGUGUUAGAUAGACUUUGGACCCAAGGUAGUCCACCUACUAAGGAAGAUACUGCUAAGUGUUGAAUAGACUUUCCGAGAGCGCAAUCCUGUGCUUAUUGGAUGAGACCACGUGGAAUUCGGUUGGUGUGGGACCACUGAAGAGAUUGUUUCAGUGUGAACUUUGUUCGCCAUGACGACGAAACGCUUCAUCGGCAAAUGGAGAGCAUGUUUAGGAGUGACUUUAACGAGCCUAUGAUCUCCUCAAAGGCUGCAAUGUCAGUUGAAGAUCAAAGAGCACUGUCGCAAAUGGAAACUUCCGUGAAGCUCGUGAAUGGCCACUAUCAGUUGGGGUUGCCAUGGAGCCACAAGUCAGUAAACCUCCCGAACAAUCGUGAAUUUGCGUUCGGAAGAUUGCGCUACUUAAAGAAAAGAUUCCAGCGCGACCCUCACCUCUUCGAGAAGUACAGAGACACUAUUAACGGUUACGUAUCCAGCAGCUACGCAAGACGAGUUCCCUGUAGCGAACAGAAAAAUGUAAAGGAUUCACCAGUCUGGUACUUACCCCACCAUCCAGUUUUCUAUCCUCAGAAAACAGGGAAAGCGAGAGUCGUGUUUGACUGCGCGGCCAAGUUUAAAGGCACCUCCCUGAAUGAUCAGCUUCUUCAAGGUCCAGACCUAACGAAUGGACUUUUGGGCGUUGUCAGACGUUUUCGCCAAGAACCUGUUGCCAUGGUUGCGGAUGUGGAAGGCAUGUUCCAUCAGGUGCGGGUAGCUCCCGAUGACUGUAAUGCGUUAAGAUUCCUGUGGUGGCCCAAUGAUGAUCUCUCCAAAGAGCCAGUUGAUUACCAGAUGUUAGUGCACUUGUUCGGAGCCAAGUUGUCUCCAAGUUGCACACUUUUUUGUCUAAAGAAAACAGCCUCGGAUAAUCAGGGCGACUUUGAUGUGGAAACCAUUACCACUGUUGACCGGAACUUCUAUGUAGAAGACUGUCUGAAGACUGUCCCUGCGACUGACAAGGCGGCACGUUUGUCUGGCCAGUUACGAGAAUUGCUGUUAAGAGGAGGGUUUCGGCUUACCAAAUGGAUUAGUAAUGACAGGAACGUAUUUGCCACCGUUCCAGUAACAGAGAGAGCGCCCUCAGUAGUAAACUUGGAUUUGGAAGAUCUCCCUGUAGAACGCACAUUGGGAGUGCAGUGGGCCAUGGAAACAGACGACUUCAACUUUCGCAUCAUGGAUGAACGAAAGGCCCUCACACGCAGACGAAUCUUGUCUGUUGUAAGCUCCAUGUACGACCCUCUCGGGUUCGUCGCGCCCAUCAUUCUGUCAGCCAAGAGUCUGUUGCAGAGCCUAUGUAGGCAGAAGUAUGGCUGGGACGAAGAGAUUUCCCAAGCAGAUUCCACUGUAUGGCAAGAAUGGCUGAAGGAACUUGCAUGUUUGAGAACAAUAUCAGUUCCCAGGUGUUUCAAGCCACCAGGAUUCGGUGCAGUCGUCAACGUUCAGUUACAUCAUUUCUCAGAUGCUUCUGAAAUUGGUUAUGGAGCGGUAUCGUACCUUCGACUCGUCGACGACAAGGGUGCUCCGCACUGUUCUUUUGUUCUUGGCAAGUCUCGCGUCACUCCCCUGAAGGUAGUGUCCAUACCACGUCUUGAGUUAGCAGCUGCAGUGGUCGCUGUGAAGUUGAACUGCCUGAUUCGGAACGAAUUAGAGUAUCCCAUACACGACACAAUCUACUGGACGGACUCUACCGUAGUCUUGCAGUACAUUCACAACGAAUUAAGAUUUCACACGUUUGUUGCAAACAGAGUCGCGAUGAUACACGACGAAUCCACACCACGACAGUGGCGACACGUUGACACCUGUGCUAACCCUGCCGACAUCUCGUCCAGAGGGGCGAAAGGUUCUGAACUUCACACGUUGGAGCUGUGGCUUUACGGCCCAAAGUUUCUGUGGAAGGACGAGAAACAUUGGCCUGACCAACCGUCCCAGUUGCCGGAAUUGCCUCAAGAUGACAGUGAAUGCAGAAAAUGCCCUGGUCGAACAAACGUGAUCGUCAGCAGUAAAAUGUUGGAACCGCUGUUGUCCCGCUAUUCAUCCUGGGACAGUCUUCGAAGGGCCAUAGCCUGGUUAGUACGUUUCAAGAAGUAUUUGGUUGGCCUCCUUAACAAGGAUUCAGACAGCAUUCCCAAGGGGCCCUUUGACUGUCAGGGAAGUUAUUGCUGCAGAGAGUGUGAUCAUCAAAGCUGUCCAGCAUGAUGCGUUUCCAGCGGAGCUAGCUGCGGUAGGCCAAGAAGCGUCAGAGAACCAGAAGAAGUGCGUUCCACGAUCUAGUCAAAUACGCAACUUGAACCCUUUUGUUGCCGAGGGAAUAUUAAGAGUAGGAGGUCGCCUCGAGAAUGCUCCUGUUUCAUUCCAAACGAAGCACCCGGUUAUUCUUCCCUGUAAACAUCACGUGACAAAUUUGAUCAUCCAGAAUUGUCAUCGCCAACAAGGGCAUUGUGGUCCUUCUCAAGUUCUGGCCUUCAUCCGAGAGAGAUUCUGGAUUGUACGUGGCCUCUCAGCAGUACGCAGGGUUUUGGCGAGUUGCAUGAACUGUCGCAAGCAAAAUGCUCGUCCUGGUAAACAGAUUAUGGCCCCACUCCCGUCAGCACGAGUCGCUCCGACAGAUCCACCAUUUACCCAUGUGGGUGUGGACUAUUUCGGUCCACUCUUUGUCAAGCAAGGACGCAGUCAAGUGAAACGUUACGGAUGUUUGUUUACAUGCCUUACCAUGAGGGCGGUGCACAUUGAGGUCGCGCACACAUUGGAAGCAGGCUCCUAUAUCUGUGCAUAUCAGCGUUUUGUUAGUCGCAGAGGGAAGCCCCAAGGAAAUACACAGCGCCAACGGCACCAAUUUCACGGGCGCCGAGCAAGAGCUUAGAGAAGCACUGGAGCGACUGGACCAAGCCAAAAUCUACAACAGUCUAAGGUCGAACGACGUUCAGUGGUCAUUUAACCCCCCUGAGGGCAGCCAUCAAGGUGGAAUCUGGGAACGAAUGAUUCGCUCCGUACAGAAGAUUUUGGGUGCCCUGUUAAAGGAACAGCUGGUGAACGACGCAACAUUGUCAACCCUUCUUUGUGAGGUGGAAAGGAUUCAACGACUAGCCUUUGACUCCCCUUAGUGACCACCCAGAUGAUCCUGAGCCGCUGACGCCGAGCAAACUACUGCUCCUGAGAUCCAAUUCUUGCCUCCCGCCGGAUGUCUUUAAAGGUCACGACAAGUAUAGCAAGCGCUGGCGCCAAGCACAAUGCCUGGCAGAUUCAUUUUGGAAGAGAUGGAUGAAAGAUUAUUUACCUGCACUCCAAACAAGGCAGAAAUGGAGCGUCCCUCGUCGAAACUUCCCUGUCGGUGACUUGGUUCUUGUUGUCGACGAGAAGACGCCUAGAGGUCGCUGGCUAAUGGGCUUGAUUGGAGAGGUAUUUCCAGACAGCCAUGGUCAUGUACGUAGCGUUAAAGUGAAAACGGCCACAUCUGUCUACAGACGUGACAUCAGGAAGCUGUGCCUCCUUGAAGGAGUCUCGAACUAAUGAACUCUGAUAAGUUCUAUGGCUAAGACUGCUACAUUGCGAACUGUGUAAUCUAAAUUAAGUUAAUUUUCGUCACAUUUCUGUAUGUUCUUCGUAGUAUAGGAAUUGGUUAUUUUGUUGCUGGAAUUACCUAGUAGCUAAUUCAGGGCCGGUGUAGUAACCAGUCCCCCGACUAGUGCCAGUCGGUGUGUUUGCGUAUAAGUAAUUCGAAUUUCGCGCGGGUUAUGAAAAUCGUACGGUAUCUUGCUCGAGUUCGCUAGCUGUUACAACUAUGUUACGUUCUUUAUGUUACUUCGUUUGCCGUAUUCCCAAAUCGUCAGGUAAUGUCCUCUGUCUUCUUUUAUCUCGUAUUUCCUAUGUUAUCUGUAUUUCCUACGUUAUUUUCAUUGUUGUAAUUAGUCGUUCCGCUCUUAAUGUAUUAUGUUUGUUACUUUAUCCUAGGAACCACUGGCACCAUCAUGAAAAUAAGGUUAAGAGUUCGCGUUUUUCCAGUUGAAUUAAAACUCUUUUACGACUUAUACUAUUGCUGGUGUGUUAGCUACAGAAUAUAUCAUCUUUAAAGCGGGGACGGCAGCUCGGUGUCGGCAGGCACGACAAGAAGUUCCUUGCGAACGAAGCCACGCUUGGCCCGUGGUGCAAAUAAUACAAAAUAGAUUCAUUGGGUUUGGUGAUUGCUUUUUCGAUGUGAUAUACUUUCAAAGACCAUAUCGGGUCUGUGGCUCUUUUCCUUCCGCGUUAAAGCUGGCCGGGUUGGUAAAGAAAGUGCACAACCGCGGCGGAGGAGGGCCAUUAUUCGCGAAGGCUAACAGGUCUGUGCUAUUGAGUAGAGGGUUUGGAAUAAACAGCUUCUUGUCUGAUGGCCGCAGCAGGUGUCUUUCAGAUUAACCUGGUGACUUCGCCGUCCGGAGCCGAGACCACAGCAGCAAUCCAAACGACACAUUCGGAAGAUCUUUGGCCCUCAGGAAGCAGCAUUUCGACAGCUUACUGGUGCCUGAACAGGCGCUCAGCAAGGGUGCCAUUGAAUCUUUCCACAAUUGCCUGGUCCCGUUGAAUCUUUGUGCGCCAACGGCGAAUGUUUCCAUCUCUUUGGUAACAGCACCCAUUAACUCACGUCCCGGGUCCACUGCCCGGUGGACUGCGUUUGGCGUCGACACAUCGAAUUUGGGGUGAGGAGAAAUAUUUGCCAAAGAGCUUGUCGUAUCAACUAAUUAUUUGCGGAAUCUUGGAAGCUUUUUGCGGCGGCGGCGAGCUUUUUUGAUGGCGGCAAUGCCUUUCCCAUAGCCUUGAAGGCUGUAGUAAAUUGUCGACAGCUUGGCCUCCAUUUCUAUAUUAAACAUGAAGAAAAUAGAAAUGGACACCCAGUGGGACACGCUGCCGCCAAAAAUGCAAGAAUAAAUCUUGUUUUACAAAGAAGUGACGGAAAGAGACAAAUUGUCAAAAGUCAUGAAAGGCGGGGAAGUUACUGGCAAACUGUCCAGAAAUUGGCCCUAGGAAUGGCAGAAAAGAAAUUUUACGACGUCUUGGACAUCCGGGUCAAGAUGGAAGUCGUCAUGGCUGAACUGGAAUAGGGGAACUUGGGUUUUUGCCCGAAACUGGUUUCGAGCGUCAAAAUGAGAUUCAAAGAAGAAUUAGCAAAAAUGGACAAGAUCGAAAAAAUCCGUUUCGAGAUAACAUUUGCGGAGCAUUGGGUAUUCGCAUGGUAAUCACAAGAAAUGAAAGGCGGCGUAUCCAAGCGCGAGAGCGCCGCCGUCGGGAAAAAUCAACUCGCCUUUUUUUUGCAGAGAAAUGGGUUAGUAGAAGUAGAGAACUUUGGUUCGCUGGGCGCCGUGAGCGGCUCAUCUUGAUGCAUCCGCUUGUGGAGCUUGAAGACGUAGUCGGGUGGCACCCGUCAGGGGCCGAGCCCGCAGAGGCCACCGCCCCUGACGGGUGCGUGAAGCUUUGUUCGGCCAGUUUGCAGAACGAUGGCGGCCACGUUUUCGCGGAAUGGUUUUGCGAUGCUGAUGAUCUGCUGCGUGAGAACCCACACGCUGAUUGCCUGCAUGGUGGGCAGAAACACCGAGAGAGACCAGCUGGCCUGGGCGGCCUUUCAUGUCGUUCGAGGCAGCGCAAUCGUCCAAAACAACAAGCACGUUCGUGCCCUGAAAAAAAUGGCUGCUGAGUUUCAGCAAGAGCUCGACCUCUUCCUGCGGGCAGUCAAUGACGAAAAUGUGCGAAAAGUGAUCCACAAACCCGUCGUAAGUUUUGUUGCGGGCAAGGUUGGACAUAUCGACACCAUUUAGGCGAACUAUUGUGGGCCCCACGAUCAGUGCGUUAGACUGAAUGCUAAUUGGGUCUAUUUAUAUUUAAUGUUGCACAGACUCGAGCUGUUUGUCCAUCAUGUUCUUCUGAGCAUUGCUUAUUGUAAAAGCGUGGCAUUUCACAUUUUCCGAGCCAGAUUUCUAUCUGUCGAUCUCAAUGAACACAUCGUCUUUGGUGUUCACAAGACGGACGCCACUGCCGUGCAUUGUUUUGUCCACCAUGGAGCGAAGGUCGAUGAGCAACCCAGACUUGCGAUCUCCGUAAAACCUUGUGUGGUCCAUUCUGUUUGCAACGUCUUUGAGCUGGAAAAACAGGAUGAUCUUCCAGCACAUAGACGCGAUCAACCUGUCAGCGCUGAGCAAGGAUUUGGGGAAAGGUCUGAAAAAGAUUGGCAAAAAAAACCCCAGCGUCUCUUUUGCCCGGCCUCAUCGGCUCGAUCGUGAGCUUCAAUUUUCAAAGUUGCAGGACAAGGCAAGGCAUCUCCUUUCAGGUGGAACACACUUGGCUGUUAAUUCUUGUUGUGGUCUUCUUUCUGAUGGAACGGUUCUUCAAGCGCUUAAGUUAACUCUUCCAAAUCAACAGACCUGUCAAAAGAACUGCUCGCACAACGAUCAUUGCCUAUGUCGUGACUCGUGAUCGCUGAGGCUGCUUCGGAAGGUGAGGGGGAAGUUGGAAGAGAUGGGCACCUCCUUAUUUUGCUCUUUCACUGCCGCCUUGUGAACUGGAUUGGAAGGAUGGCUUUUUGGCGGGCUAAUUUUUCACGGUUCGCCGUCCAUGAGGCGCAGCCCCACUUUUUUGUCUCUGUAUUCACGUCACUGUUAGCCUGAGAUUGUGUUUGGCGUUGCCUGCCUGGGCUUGUUGUGGCCUGCCUCGAAUAGCCUCAAGCUCGCUAACUGCAGGCCAGUCCCAAUAUAUUUUUUUUGUUAUAUUUCCAAAUUUAAAUAAGUUGAAGUUGAAGUCCGUGUGUCAUACCCAGUCCGCAGUUCGUGGUCCGCAGUCCACGUUUUAUACUGACCGGUAUGUGAUGUAGUAUACAACCCCAUUUCUGCCCCGGCCAUCCUGGCCGUGAAGAUGGCGAAGUUUUUAACAAGCACUCCUUCGAAAAGUAAUUUAACAAAUCGAUCAGUCCAUCUCUUGAUAUGUUCUCCGGAACAUAUACCCCCAAACGAGUGGCUUUAUUUUGAGCUCGUCAAAUGUCCAGUGUUCGGCGAACGCUUCAUUCUCGCCUGCUCCAGAUUUCCUGUAGCUCUUGAAGUGAUUUGUGCCAAAGAAAUUCGAGAUUGUUAUUAAGCGCCAUCGCUGUAUGCAGAUUGUGUGCCAGUGUCUGACAGGGGUGUUUUCUCUCUCUGUUGGCGAUGAUUCGGGCUUGAUGACGUCACGGCAUAGCUGUGCCGGGCCAUCGGGCUGAGAGCAAAUGAGUUUGCCAUCGCUGCAGGGGAGUGCCAUUCUCUAACAAGCAUGGUGCAGCGGGCCCCUGCUCAAGGGGUUUCUCACGGCCGGGUGCGACUGGUUGCGGCUGUUUUGCCACCCUGCGGCGCUCCGCUCAACACCCAAGUUGUAGAGUCAGAGUCACAAAUCUGUAGACGUUUUUCUCUCUCGUGGCCGGAGGACGAGCUUGCGAGCCCGAAGGCCGCAAACUCGCAAUAAACGUCUACAGAUUUGUGACUCUGACUCUACCACUGCUUUUCUUGCCUAAUUUUUUCUCUUUUGCUGGGCAUUUAUGUUAGGAUUAGGUGAAAGGAAAGGUAGGUGGGUAGUGGAACAAGAUUCUCAUGGAAAUUUUUAGAUCAAUGUUACAUGGUUUUUUCCUUUUUCUCCGGUGUCCUUGAUUGAAUCGUGCUCAUUCUGGUAUGGUUUGAAAGAUCUCUUCACUCUGCACAACUUAGCGGAAAAGGUGUCCUUGACCACUAAAACUGAGUAGGUUUAGAAAAAAAAGGAAAGACCAUUUUUCUUUUUUUCUAUUUUAAGGAAACAUUGCCCUUUUCAAGUCUACGCUACUAUCAAGUACCAUGGGUAUUUGUUUAGCAAGCAAUGCGGUG